ACACAAAACAUGUUUGGAUGAAAAUGAAUUUGACAAUAUCUAAUAUAUUUUUUGUUUGUUAACUGUGGUUCACUGAGUAUUUUUUUGUUUCUUUGCGAAGAUUUUGUUUUGAUAUUUGCCUUCUCCGGAACUUCCCUGCUUAGCAAAGAAAGCCAAUAGCAAAAGGGUUGACACAUAAGAAAAGUAGGCGCUUACCGGGAAAUUUAAAGGUCACAAAAAAGCCAUCCAAGAGCUGCUUUUUCUGCCACGUUUCCAGUUCGUCUCAGUUAUUUGCACGCAAUGUCUGACAUCGUCGCUCGGAUCAGCUUGGAUGGCUGCAUGAGCACAAUGAACGGUGGCAACAAGAUGUUCACUCCCAUGCCCGGCGGACGAGCCCGGAAAACCCUCAAAGCAAAGUCGGUCCGACAGCAGGGUCAUCAGACAACCCUGGGCUCGUCACCUGUUCUCAGCCAAGGUCAACGGAAGACUCUGCAAGUCAUCCAGCCAGCCGUCUGCAGCAAGAAGAAACUGACAGAGACAACGAACAAGCCGAGAUUGCCCAAACGGAAGCAUAACUCAGACAUGCUGGAUAAACCGAGUAAAAUCUCCAGAUGUGAGCGGAACGGCCUGCAGUUUCCAAUCUACGAAGAUCCAAAGUCAAGCUCAGAGAGCAGCACAGACAUUGAGAAAUCCAAGACAGCCGAGGAGGACGCGUGGGAGCUGAUGGUUCAGGAGCCAGCCCCAGAGAGCUACUGGAAGGACCUGGCCGAGGAGAGGAGGCUUGCGUUGGAGGAUACGCUCAAAGAGAACGAACAGUUGCACAGUACCAUUGCAGAACUUAGAACAGAGAAUGGAAGAUUAAAAGAGAUGGCUGACCAGGCUGAGUAUCUGGCCUCUGUCCUACAGAAUGUCAUCGACGGUAAAGAAAUUGAUCAAGAGUCGGACGCUGCCAGUAAUGACUCGGAUCAUGAAAGCUGCCCAACAAGUGACAAAAUGUGUGAUGAAGAGAGUGACAGACACCCGACAGGGAGUGUGAAAGCAGUAGUGACAGUACAGAGGCACCGAGAAGUUAAUGCUAGUGCAGAAGGUAACAGUGGGGAGAACUAAACAAAAAAACACUCUCGGCAAGAGUUGCGAUUUCAGGGUAACUUAAAAGUUCAUAUUCACUGAAAUAUCUUCACAUUCUGUACUCAACUCAGCAUGAUACAUGUAUGGUGGUGUACCUGACACAUGCAUGCAUGUACGUCCGUGAGUGGUGCUCAGUGAAAGAUUUCAGCAUCAUGGGUAUUCUAUUGUGUACGGUUUCUGUCCAGGUGUUUUUUUUUCACAGUUUAUUUCGUGUGCUGUCUGCAGCUGAGCAAUAAAUCUCAGGGUUGGAAGAUUUUGUCACCGUGCUUACCAGGCUACCUGUGGACUAAUUUUCUUGGGACUGCCAAGCACAAGUGAUAGGUGUCACUUAACAGAUUUAUUCACUUCGUAAAGUGUAGCCGGAAAUAGGUCACAAGCAAUACACACUGCAUUACAUGUUAGUUGAUAAAACCUGUGCGUACUGCCUGUACUUUUCUACGCUUACCAAUAUGCUUAGCAGUGCCAUGAAAUUGAAUCCAUCGCUAAUAUGGCGACAGUUUAAGCCCUAUUUGCAAAGUGCUUGUAACAUAAACUUAAAUAUUGUCCAUGUUUUUAUUUCUUGCUUUUUGUUAUCUUCUUCUGAAGGUACUUGUCUGUCUUUAAUAUGGGGGGGUGGGGCAACCCACCCGAAUGCUCUCAGAGCACACAAGCUUGGAUGAAUUGAAUUCUCCCAGAUCCAGUGUCCCUUUGAAAUAACUGGACUGUAUUGCUACACGAUGCGGCAGUGUUGUAUUCGAGUCCAUCACAAGUUCUUUCACAAGUCCCUUCACAAAUCCAGUCACAAGUCCCUUCAUGAG